AAAACUAAAUAACAGUAAACAAAAAGGAGCAACUGGCAAUAACCUAAGGCUGAUAUGAUAUUGAUGCCAAUUUUUCAAUCAGUUCUCGUGCGUCCGACAAGAAAACAGGGAACCCUUCUUUUCGAGCGUAUAGGACUCUUCGAAAAUUUUCAAUUAUUUAAGAUUAUUGAUUGAGAGGGGUGUUGGUUUGACACUGUGGUGUGGAGAAAGAGAAGAUGGAAGGUGAGGAGGGAGGUGGUUUGAGGCUGAGCAAGAGAUUUGAUGACAAGGGUGGAGGAGAGGUUGAUUAUAAGACCAAAUCCGGCACUGCGUGGAGUCACAAUUUCCUCAACCAAAAACCAUGGCAUCCUCUCUCUUACCCCAACCAGCGCCGCAAGUGGAUUGCUGAACAGACCCAUGCCCAUCGUGAACGCCGAACUGAAGAGGUUGCUCGUGAGUAUGCUCAGGAGCAAGAGUUUUAUCGCCAGACAGCUCUCAUUUCCAAGAAGGACAAGGAAAAGGUGGAGCUUAUGCAAGCUGUUAGCUUUAUGUAUGUUCGUCCUCCUGGUUACAAUCCUGAAAGUGCCAAAGCUGCAGAGAUGAAUGAUGAGAAGAAAAAAGAAGAUAUGGUGAAUAAGGAGCCUACACAAACCAAUCCCGAUGGACCUUCCUCUUCAUUGCCACCACAUGGAGAGAAGAAAAAACCAAGGCCAAAAGAUGUUUUUGGCCGCGCUCUACCAACUGAAGAAGAAUUUGAAGUUCUUAAAAAUGCACCAAGGCUGGAAACAGGAGUUGCUGCAAGGGCAAAACCUUUUGGAGUUGAAAUUCGCAAUGUUAAAUGUUUAAGAUGUGGGAGCUAUGGUCACCAAAGUGGUGAUCGUGAAUGUCCCUUGAAGGAUGCUAUAAUGCCAAAUGAGGAAAGUAGAUUGAAGAGAGACGACCCUUUGAAUGCCAUUCUUGCCCAUACAGAUCUCUCUGAGCCUCUAAAAUGGGAACUCAAGCAGAAGCCAGGAAUCAGUCCCCCUCGUGGAGGGUUUAAACCAGAUGAUCCCAACCAGCAGAUAGUUGCUGAGGAUGAGGACAUUUUUGAUGAAUAUGGAGGUUUUCUCAAUAUGGGUGAUAUCCCUGAUUUAUUAUUGACCAACUUAUCUAAAAAACCAAAGAAGUCCAAAAAGAAAAAACACAAAAAGCAGAAGCUAGUCCAUUCAGAAAGUGAAACAUCUUCUGAUGAUGGAGAGAGUAGAUCUAAGAAAAAAAAAGUUAAGGCAAAUAAAAAGAAGCGAGACUAUAAAGAGUCAAGUUCUUCAGGCUCUUCUGCCUCUGAAAAAGAUCAUGGAAAGAACAGACAUAAGCAUUUGGAUGAUUCUGACAGUGACAAAAAUGAUCGAAGUAGAAGGACUAAACGACGAGAACGUUCACUUUCGCCCAAAGGUUAUGACCGUUCUAGGCCCGGUAGGAGUAAACAUGGUAAGCGAAGGCAUUCCUUUUCAUCUGAGGAGUCUGCCUCUGAUGGUUAUGAUGGAAACUAUAAGAAUAGGGAUAAGCAUUCGUAUUCAUCCGAAGAUUCUGACAGUGAAAGAGAUGAUCGAGGUAGAAAGAAUAUACAAAAGCACCAGAGGAAACAUAGCAGAAAAAUACAUUCUUAUUCUGAUGAGAAGGAUUCUGGUCCUGCCGAUUAUCAUGUAAAACACAAGGGUAGAGAUGAGCAUUCUUAUAAACCAGAUGAUCAUAAUCAUCAACGACAACCCGAGGAUAAAAGGAGCAGCCACAAGUACUCAUCAACAAUCCAUUCCGAUUUUCAGAGGCAUCACGUAAGUUUUAGUCAUGAUCGGUACCGUGGUGGAAGUCAGAAGAGUAGGACUGAUCAUUCUUGUUCUUCCAAUGAUUUUGGUGUUGAAAAGAAUGAUCGAAGUAGAAGGAUCAAGGAAAACCAUGAAAGUCAAAAGAGCAGAGCUGAGCCUUAUUCUUCUCAUGAAUCUGAUGUUGAAAAGGAUGGUCGAAGUACAAGGAUCAAAGAAAAACAUGGAAGUCAGAAGAGCAGAGCCAAACAUUCUUAUUCUUCCGAUGAUUCUGAUGUUGAAAAAGAUGGUCGAAGUAGAAGGAUGAAAGAAAAACAUGGAAGUCAGAAGAGUAGAGCUGGGCAUUCUUAUUCUUCUGAUGAUUUUGAUGUUGAAAAGGAUGGUCAAAGUAGAAGGAUCAAAGAAAAACAUCACGGUACACAUGAGGGUUCUGAACAUCCUGGGCAUGAUAUGAGCAAACAGAGCAGGAAAAAGCAUUCAUAUCAUAGAAGUGAAAAGAGUUCUGAUUAUUAUGAAAAACAUCAUAAUCCAAGAAGCAGCAGCCACAAGCAUUGAAUAGAUCAUUUCAACUUUAACGAGCAUCAAAAAUUGUGAGAGCAGGCACAAUGUUUCACAAACUUAUAUCAAUAUUUCAACUCUAAUGAGCAUAAAAAAUUGUGAGAGCAGGCACAAUGUUUCACAAACUUAUAUCAAAGUCUCCCAGCAUAUUAAACAUUUUUCGUUAUUACGGUCACUAUCGUGCUCAUCAAUCUCAUAGGAAGCAACAAUUUGCUGUGCCAUGAAUCUGUUGUAUAUCUGUUACAUGAUAGUAAUGUUUUUUUCACAAGCUGCAGGCCUCCAAUCCGUGUUUGAGAAAGUUGAUAUCAACGAGUCUUUCUUCAAUCAACAAACAACCACGGAAUUACACUACUAACUUUCUUUGAGUCUGUAAAACUGAAUGGAUCAAUUCCGGUUUGGUUGAUUGUUUGUAGUUAGGGAAAUAGACUAAACAAUAUAUUAGUGUAUUGAUUAAAAUCCUUUUACGGAUGGAUAUACAUUCUAUACAUAAAUAUUUAUUAAAAUAGUUUAUUACGA